AGAGGAGAAUCUAUUCUUCAAGGAAGACUAACAGAUCGAAGGAGUCAAAUUAAGUCGCUUUCUUUGACGUUUUCGUUUUCUCGAUCCAAAAUUGUUUCAGUGGAUGAGAAGCCAAGCGUAUCAGACGACUUCUGGGGCACAAGCACCUGCGAGAUGGAUAACAGCACAAUGCAGUCACAGAGAAGCAUGUCUUCUAUCAGCUUCACCAACAACACUGCUACUUCUGAAAGUACAAGCAACCCCACUGAAUUUGUAAACAACGGUGAGAUGAGGUUUCCACACACUGUUGUUUCCAGCGUCAUUCUCUCGCUACCUUUUCUAAAGAACAUUCAAAGCUUUAUUACAUCACGGUUCUCUGCUCUGUCUAGACAACAGUGGCUUGGAAAUGGAACUCCUCAAACAAAGGGCAAACUUCGAGAACCUACAAUAAGGUCUCGGGGGUUUAAGAACUCUGGAUCACAGGUGGUUCCCUCUCAGAACAGGGAUGGAAAUGGUAACAAGAGCGUAGGUGAUAUGAUCUUUGACUAUCUAAAGCAACCUGCUUGCACGCGAUGCAAGACAACAGGGCAUACACAUUGAUGAAAUUGCCCAGCAAUUUAAAACCCCAAAGAACAAGCUCUUUCUUUCUCAUUAUGAAUCUCUAUCUCUACAAAAAAGUGUUUAAUAAAUGAUAAUCUUUCUUAGUUUAUUUUAUCCAGCCCUUUAUCAUGCGUUCUCACGUUUGAAACAGUUUAUUUAAUUUUAUCAUCUUUAUAGUUUU